AUGGCGCCGCGGCUGCAGUUGGAGAAGGCGGCCUGGCGCUGGACCGAGACGGUGCCGCCCGAGGCAGUAACGCGGGAGCACGUCGAAGCGGCCUACAGCGUCAGGCUGGAGCCCUGCCGGCGCGGCGCCUGCCGGAGGAACUGCCGGGAGAACCCCAACUGCCUGGUGGGCAUCGGGGAGCACGUCUGGCUGGGCGAGAUUGAUGAGAACAGCUUCCACAACAUCGAUGAUCCCAACUGCGAGCGCCGCAAGAAGAAUGCAUUUGUGGGCUUAACAAACCUCGGUGCCACGUGCUACAUGAACACUUUCUUGCAGAUGUGGUUUCUUAAUCUGGAGCUCCGGCAAGCCCUCUACUUGUGUUCCAGCAAUGAGCACACAGUCAGAGAGAGCAUCCCCAAAGACAAAGACUAUGAGCCUCAGACCAUUUGUGAGCAUCUUCAGUACUUGUUUGCCUUGCUGCAGAACAGCAAAAGGCGAUACAUCGAUCCCUCUGGGUUUGUCAAAGCGCUGGGCUUGGAUACAGGCCAGCACCAGGAUGCCCAGGAAUUUUCCAAGCUGUUCAUGUCACUGCUGGAAGAUAUUUUAUCCAAACAAAAAAAUCCAGACGUUUGAAACAUUGUUCAGAAACAGUUUUGUGGGGAGUAUGUCUAUGUCACAGUCUGCAACCGGUGUGGCAGGGAAUCCAAACUCGUGUCUAAGUUUUAUGAGCUGGAGUUAAACAUCCAAGGGCACAAGCAGCUGACAGACUGCAUAACAGAGUUUCUCAAGGAAGAAAAAUUAGAAGGGGACAAUCGUUAUUUUUGCGAAACUUGUCAGAGUAAGCAGAAUGCCACAAGGAAGAUCAGGCUGCUAAGUCUUCCAUGCACACUCAACCUGCAGCUGAUGCGUUUCAUGUUUGACAGACAAACUGGCCAUAAGAAAAAGCUGAACACCUACAUUGGCUUCUCUGAGCUGCUCGACAUGGAGCCUUUUAUGGAACAAAAAAAUGGUGUUUAUGUAUAUGAACUGAGUGCUGUUCUCAUACACCAAGGUGUGAGUGCAUACUCAGGGCACUACAUCGCCCACGUGAAGGACCUGAGGAAACGGUCAGAAGUUAUACCAGAAGAGGUUUAG